AUGGAGAUGGACAACAACCUUCUUACGGCAAUGGUGGAAAGAUGGAGAAAAGAAACGCACACAUUCCACCUUCUAGAGGGAGAGAUGACGAUUACGUUGAAGGACGUAGCCAUGCUGACAGAGCUUCCAAUCGAUGGUGAUGCAAUAAUUGAAAGUUCACAGAAACCAUUGAAUGGUUGGGGCCAAUUUAUAAGCGAGCGUUUAGGUAUCAACAUAAAGUUCUUAAAUCACACCAUAAAAUUCAAAUUACAACAUAUAAAUCACACCAUAAAAUUCAAAUUACAACAUAAAGUUCUUAAAUCACACCAUAAAAUUCAAAUUACAACAUAUAAAUCACACCAUAAAAUUCAAAUUACAACAUAA